UUGCGCACGAGCAAGCCCACGAUGAUCAGCUCUGUUUUUUCGCGUCGUAUCGUCAGGCGAGCACGAGUGGGCGAUUUUAGUCGCUCGCAGGAGGAGCAGCUUCGGUCGGCGCGCACGUUUCGCAACAUUUGGGCCUCGCCCUCUCAUCGUUUGUGUGUGCCAGUUCCAGUCGCUUUCUCUCUUUUCAGAGCUCACUGUUUGUCUGCAUAUACUUCUCUUUUCUCUGCUCACGAAUCCGACAACACCGAUCUCCCCUCUGUUUUCUUGCCGACACUCGCUUCACGGGACCACAGUUAACGGCUCUCUCUCUCUCUCUCUCUCUCUCUCUCACACACACACACACACACACACACACACACACACACACACACACACACACACACGCACGUACGUACGUCUCUGCCCUCUUCGCCGUCCGGAGUUUAUAAAUUCAGUGUACUUUGGCAACGGGCAGGUUACUAGGAUUGAUCAAUUCUUCCAAGUGACAAGAAUCGGGUGAUGCUAUGUAGAACGAAGCAGAAUCGAUAUGAGAUUGAGUGAUAAUGAGUCAGUUGGUGGAGGUGGCUGUCGUUGUCGAGGGAACUGGCGUGGGGUGUCGAACUGAUGUGGAGCACCAAGAUCAAGGGUAUGGUAAUGUGAAAGGCGAGGGAGGAGAAGGCAGAGCAGCGGACUGUUAUUUGGUAUUCUUCCCUCAUUCCUCCAUGUCUUCGGGGGAGUCAUUGUCAUUUGCUGAUUUGCCGGAAGAGAUAGUCGCGCAAGUCUUUGCUUGCCUCGCCGACCCCCGCGAUGUCUUUUGCGCGGGCCGCACCUGUCGCUCCUGGAGGCGCGUCGCUCACAGUCCCGACGCCUGGAGGAAGGUGGAAAUUGGCUGCAAGCUGGGGAUCAAAGCGUUUUAUGGCAAAAAAGUUGGUGGCGUCUACGGCAACGUGAGGGCGACGAUCGCGGGUCGCUAUGAUUCUUCAGCCUCGGCAAGCGCUUCGGCGGCUCCCGCUGUGGCAAACGCUGCGGCUCCGGCUUCUCCGUCGCCUGCGAGUGGGGGAGCAGGGGCGGGCGCAUCGUGUCUCUAUCGGUCUUCCAGUCAGACGGGGGUAUGUGGCGCGGCAAGGGCGGAAGAAGAGGAGAGGGGGGGGGGAGAGGAAAAUAGGUCAUCUUCGUCGACGUCCUGUGAGGAGAAGCAGUCGAAGGGGCGGCGGCAACAAGGAGUAGGUGGCAGCAAUUCACAAGAGACUGCUGAAGCAUACAGAAGAAGUUCUGUAUGCUUGCGUGAGCCAGAAGAGAACUCCGCAAGGAGAGUCGGAGUGGAACUGCCGCCCAGUCGCGGGUUUCUUUGCUCGUUCUGCUCCCCUUUCGCCCGUUUCUUGUCUUCGAGAGGCCGAGCUAUUCAAGAGAUAGCCGUGACGGAGGCUUCGGCGGGGCACGCGGAUCCGAUAUCGUCGCGGGAGAUAUGUGCACUCCUUGAAGGUUGCCCGAACCUGAGGAACGUGCUGCUUUAUCACGUGCCCAGCUGGACAGUCGCUGACUACCAAGCCUGUUUGCGCACGCUUGCGGCCAAUUGCAGGCAGGUGGAGCUUCUGCUGAUAGACUCCGAAUCCAUGGACAGCUCUUUGCUUCUCAAGAUCCCUUCCCUUCGAGGUUUGAUGCUUUCUAAUUGGUGUCGGACGCCGAAGAACGACCAGCCAAUGUGUGACGAACUCUCGAGGUUCCUCCUCUAUCACCAUGGACUGAAGCACCUCGUUCUGAGAGUGGAAUCCGUGCGAGAAUGUCACCUGGACCUGCGCUCACAAUCACUUGUGAGUCUCAACAUGUCCAAGAGCCGAAACAUCAUCGUGCGUAGUGCCACUUGCCCGUAUCUCAAGGAAUUUGGAGCCAGAGGGUUCCAGUCAGAGGGUGGAUCGCGCGCGCUCAAGGAGAUGGAGAGCGUUGUGAAGAAGGGUUGCCCCAAUUUGAAGCUCUUCGUCCACUAGCGGAAUAGUAGUACUCUCGUGUCUCCCUCUCCGUCCGAUCGCCGAUCGCGUUGACGAGAGAGUGGGAACCGUCUAGAGAGCGACGGACGGGACCCGCGAGUAGCUAGCUCGAAGCUCGAGUGGGUCGAUGAUGAGGAGGGUGAGGGAUGUUAUCAAGAUGAGGAGGCGGGAAGAGAGGAGAGGGAGGCUCUUUUGGCCGAAGAGAAGAGAGGGAGGAGGAGGGGGAGAGGGAGGAGGAGGAGGAGAGGGUCUGAGAGAGAGAGAGUUGGCAUCAGGAAGAAGAACUUGUUGUCAGCAGCGAGCGGCGAGAGGAUAAAGCCUCAUCUCUUCUCUUCUGCUCUUCCUCUUGGUCUUGCUUUGCUACGAGCCCAGCCCCGAUUCCACAAGAAUUUGGAGAGAGCUCUUUCGCUAAUCUAUCGGUGGUGAUUGCUAUCUGUGAUUGCGCGUAAUCGCUGCUGAGCUAAUUAUCGGGCGGUCUGCCAGGUUUACCUGGACGGAUCGAAACGGAAAGUUGCCCCAAAUAAAGCGGGUUCUUGGUCGAAAAUCGAGAGGAGAGAGGAGAGAGAGGAGGUCAACCAUUGUGGCACUCCACGUGUCACACAUUCCUCGUGCUUCAAGUGGUCGGAGCAACCUGCUAGCCAGCCAACCUGCUAGGUUGGCAGUCGUCUUUCUGGCCUCUAUAAGGCCUGUCAGUCGGGCCUGUAUCAGGCCGCCGCGUGAUGCAUGUUCAACCAAUGGAGAGCGAAGCGAGAUUUGCAUACAUGGUUAGCGUCGAGCGUCACUCCUUGUGGCCGACGACUGACCAACUCAGUCGGUAUGGCCACCAGCAACUCGCCGGAAUGGCUUACGCAGUCCAGUCAAUUUAUGCCCCGCCGUAGUUGGGAUGGGAGGAGGAGGGGGAGGACAUCCUCCGAGAUCCGGGGGGGAAGUGAGAUGGUCGGGUCUGAUUUCGUACAACGGUAUUACCCAUUUUACCCUCUCACGGAAGACGAAAGGCGGACGCGAAAUAGCUCAUCGUCUCCGUCUCUCGAUGACAAGAGUGGAGGAACUCGCAGCUUAGCUUAGCUGAGCUGCUGCCUUCCCCGUCGAUGCAUACUCGGGAUCGUUCUAGUUGAUGUGAAAGACAUUUUUCGGUUGUAACUGAAAGAUGAUCGCGGUUAUAACUGAGAGGUACCUACCAAGUUGUGGCUGUGGAUGUAAUUUGCCAAUUUGCCCCCUUGCUCCACGAGGUGCAAAUUUCAUGUCCCACAGGUUCAGAUUUCAUCAGUUCAGAAAUACUGAUCGAUGGAGAUAGGACACUCACGGCGCGAAAAGCACUUAUUCGUGGAUGAUGUGCUAGUCAAUCCUUGGAUCCUCUUUCUGUAGGCGAGUGAUAGUGUUCCGGAGGGUAUGACCGCGCAUUUGUACGCGAUGAGUCGUAUUUUGGUCAUUGAAUUUAUCCCUUAUCGCUGCGUCUAACGGAUUUACUGCAGCGAAUACGAAGCGGCUGUCCGCCGAAACCCACUUGUGGAGACAAUUGGUUGAUUUUCGGGGACCGUGCCUCGCUGUGCAUUCCUUGUCCUCCAAUCGCUGAGGACGUGCAACGCCGCCAAUUGUUUGUUGGUGUCUGUGCAGCAGCACUACGGCAUCUGGGCGACGAAGGCGAGAUUUAGUGGGAGAUAAAGGCACAUAGGGAAG